GCGAGGCAGCUCAGCACUGGACAGAGGGAGUGCAUGCUAGCAGUGCACAAAGCCACACACGCAGGCAACGAGGAGCUGAGAGCCCACCGCCACCGCUUGGGCUGAAGAUAAGGAAUAUAUCAUUAUCACUAAUAUUACUCCAAGUGCCCCAGGAGCUCUCAUCUACAUCUCUGGUCAAGCAUUUCCGAAAUGAGCCGAAGAGUGGUGCGCCAGAGCAAAUUUAGGCACAUUUUCGGACAGCCUGUGAAAGCUGAUCAAACAUAUGAGGAUAUCCGGGUAUCUAAGAUCACAUGGGACAGCUCCUUCUGUGUUGUGAAUCCCAAAUUUCUAGCUAUUAUUGUGGAGUCCAGUGGUGGAGGAGCUUUCAUGGUGUUACCAUUAGGCAAGACUGGACGUGUGGAUAAGAACCAUCCUACAGUCAGCGGACACACAGCUCCUGUAUUAGACAUUGAUUGGUGUCCCCACAAUGAUAAUGUCAUUGCCAGUGCUUCAGAUGAUACCACGAUCAUGGUUUGGCAAAUCCCAGAUUACACACCAGUGCGGUCAAUAACGGAACCCAUUGUGACACUAGAGGGUCAUUCAAAGAGAGUAGGCAUUGUCACGUGGCACCCGUCAGCCCGCAAUGUGCUACUCAGUGCAGGUAGCGAUAAUGUUAUUAUUGUCUGGAACGUGGGAACCGGUGAGGCUGUUAUCAGUUUAGACGAGAUGCACAGUGACCUCAUCUAUAGCAUCGGCUGGAACUACAAUGGAAGUCUCAUCACCACCACCUGCAAGGAUAAAAAACUUCGAGUCAUCGAUCCACGGAAACAAGAAAUAGUGGCUGAGAAAAGUGGGCCACAUGAAGGGGCUCGACCAGUCAAAGCCAUUUUUACAUCGGAGGGCAAAAUAUUCACCACCGGUUUCAGCAGGAUGAGUGAGCGUCAGCUGGCGCUGUGGGAUCCGAGUAACUUUGAAGAACCUAUAGCUUUACAAGAAAUGGAUACCAGUAAUGGUGUACUGCUACCUUUCUACGAUCCUGACUCCAGUGUGGUUUACCUUUGCGGCAAGGGUGAUAGCAGCAUUCGAUACUUUGAGAUAACAACUGAAGCUCCCUAUGUCCAUUACUUGAGUACGUUCAGCAGUAAGGAACCUCAGAGAGGAAUGGGUUUCAUGCCCAAGAGAGGCUUGGAUGUCAGUAAAUGUGAAAUUGCAAGGUUUUACAAGCUGCAUGAGAGGAAAUGUGAGCCCAUUGUUAUGACAGUACCAAGAAAGUCAGACCUAUUCCAGGAUGAUCUAUAUCCAGACACACCAGGACCUGAGCCAGCCCUGGAAGCAGAUGAUUGGUUUUCAGGACAGACUGCUGACCCUUUAUUGGUAUCGUUGAGGGAUGGAUAUGUUCCUGUCAAAAACAGAGAACUUAAAGUCACCAAGAAAAACAUUCUUGGCAACAAACCUCCAACUGCGCCACGUAGAAGCUACUCUUCCUGUGACUCUGGUUUCUCACGAGUCUCCCUUGAAGACCUACUUGAAGAAAUCAAAUGCUUGCGAGGCAUUGUCGAGUCGCAAGAUAAGCGCAUCUCUAACCUGGAAAACCAAUUGCAUGUACUGUCCAAUGGCACUGACUGAGCCGGACUGAGAUUCCGCCAUCCAACCCAGAAUGCACUUCAAGAGUUACAUGCCCUAUUUCCUAGCAAGCAAAUCUGAUUAUGUUUUACCAGAGGGGAUGGAGCCAGCGCAUGGACUCCUCAAGAACUGCCCCAAGUUCAUGCUCUUCAUUGUUAGGAGUCUCUCAGAAGAGGCCCACUUCCUGGGGAUAUGUUACUUCUGAGGGACUGAAGAUAAAUACUGUUUUAUUCCAAAGUGCUAAAGGAAUCCUCCAUCUGCAGCCACACAGAGAGCUUGGUCAUCAGGCUGCUUUGACUGACGAUUGGGAGAUUUGGCAGCCUGGCAUUACAGCUAAUGCCUGUAGUUUGCAAAAUUGUGUUAAUUGUUACAGUGGGACAUUGUAUUUCCAGCCAAUAAGAAGCACAUGGGGG